AUGGUUGCCUACACAUACUUCCUCGGCCUCCUUGCCGCCUCGGUCGCCAUCGCCAGCCCCGUUCCCAACCCGAACGAAGAGUUCUCCCUCGAAGCUCGUGCCGGCCAGGUCUACAUCUGCAAAGCCGGCGCCAACAACGACGGCGUCCUCUACGGCGAAAUCAGCCAGGACAAGGCCAUCGGCUUCUUCCGCGAUGCAAAGACCAAGACCGGGACUGGGAGCGGAUACCCCAAGCCAUUCGGUAAUCAGGGCAACGUGAUGAAGUUUGCCAGCGGCUGCGGCAGUGACGUAUGGGAGCUGCCUGUUCUCAAGAGCGGCAAGCCGUACGAUUACAACGCGAAGAAGGGCAGCAGCAACAGCCCUGGGCCCAUGCGGGUGUACUACACCAAGGACCUUAAGUUCUGCGGUAUUGGAGGCAAGCUCAAGCCUGACGGCACCGGCAACCCUCACAACUGCGUCCUCAAGAAGUGA